AUGGUUGGCAACACCGAUCCCAACCCUUCUCUGGCGCAGCUCGCUGCCGAUGUCAAGGUCAACGUUCCGGAGGACGGGCCGGUGCCCCUCGAGGCCGUCUCGGUCCUCGCUCCGACCAUCAUCGACCCGGCCGCCGAGCGCCGCCUCGUCUGGAAGUUCGACCUGCGCGUCCUGCCCGUGCUCGCCGUCAUGUACCUCUUCAACUCGCUCGACAAGGGCAACAUCGGCAACGCCAAGACGGCCGGCCUCGAGAAGGACCUGGGCCUCGUCGGCAACCAGUACAACCUGCUCCUCUCCGUCUUCUUCAUCCCCUACGUCCUCUUCGCCCCCGUGCUCGGCGGCCUGGGCAAGAAGUUUGGCGCCGCCCGCGUCCUGCCGAUCAUGAUGUUCGUCUUUGGCGCCAUGACGCUGCUCGUCGUCGCCGCGCGCAACUUCAGCGGCCUCUUCGCGCUGCGCUGGUUCAUCGGCAUGGCCGAGAGCGCCUUCUUCCCGCUCGUCAUCUACUACCAGACCACCAUCUACCGCCGCCACGAGCUCGCCCGCCGCCUGGCCAUCUUCUACGCCGCCUCGAGCAUCGCCGGCGCCUUCUCGGGCCUGCUGUCCUACGGCACCUUCCAGAUCAAGGGCGGCGCCCUGGCCCCCUGGAAGUACCUCUUCGUCGUCGAGGGCGCCGGCACCAUCCUCGUCUCCGUUUUCGCCUUCUGGUGGCUGCCCUACAGCGGCCCGACGGCCAAGUUCCUCAGCGCCGACGAGAAGACGCUCGCCCACUACCGCCUGCAGGUCGACUCGUCCUCGGUCGUCGACCAGAAGUUCGACCUGCGCGACGCCCUCCAGAUCUUCAAGCACCCGACCAGCUGGGCCAUCCUGCUCAUCGAGGUCUGCCUCGGCGUGCCCCUGCAGUCCGUCACGCUGUACCUGCCCGUCAUCGUCCAGCGCCUGCGCUACGACACGGUCAAGACGAACCUGUACACCGUCGCGCCAAACAUCACGGGCGCCGUCAUGCUGCUCGUGCUGUCCUUCGCGUCCGACUACUCGCGCCUGCGCUUCCCCUUCGUCGCCCUGGGCUUCGCCUUCACGCUGACGGGCUUCAUCAUCUACGCCUGCGUCAACGUCGAGGCGCAGCUGCAGGUCGCCUACUUCGCCUGCUUCAUGAUGACCUGGGGCACCUCGGCGCCCUCGGUGCUGCUCGACGUGUGGUACAACAACAACAUCGCCAACGAGAACCGGCGCAUGGCGCUGACGACGAUCGGCGUGCCCGUGGCGAACCUCAUGGGCCUUGUCUCAUCGAAUAUCUUCCAGAGCAAGGACGCGCCCAAGUACAUGCCGGCGCUCCUGACGACGGCCAUCUUUGGCGCUGUCGGCUGCGUGUGCACGCUUCUGCUGGGAGCCUGGAUGAUGUACGACAACAAGAGGCGCGACCGCGAGGAGGGGAGGACUAUCUCGGCCAAGGAUAUCCCGACGGAACUAUUGGCCGAUGGGCCGGCGAGUCUGCACUACCGCUGGCAUCUGUGA